CGGUAGUUAUUCAGCAUAUGCUGGGAGAAAUCUUGGAAUCAUGUAUACUGUUGGCAAUUGAUUGCUGUAUAAUAAUAUGAGCGUUUUUUCUUAAAUCGACCUCAAAUAUUAUUUGGUUGACCCAUUUUAUCUUCCAUAUAUUUUACUCCCGUUAUUAAAAUGUCUUGCAGUAGAUUUGUGCACCAGGUAUAUAUCAUUCCACUUAGAUCCGUAUUUAGUACGAAACCUAGUAAUAUUAGAUUUUCUCGAGUGUUAAAGACCCAGUCAUGCCUUUUUAGUAGAAAAACAGAAAUGGAUGAAGUCCAAAAGGCCCAAAAGACAAAGGUGGAAAUCGGCAAGCCGACCAUUUUUUCCAAGAUAAUAGAAAAGGAGAUUCCCGCUGAUAUUCUGUAUGAAGAUGAUCAUUGUAUUGCAUUCCGUGAUGUCAGCCCUCAGGCUCCUUGUCAUUUUUUGGUUGUUCCCAGAAAACCAAUUUCAAUGUUAGAUGAAGCUGAAGAGGAAGAUUGUAAGCUUCUUGGGCACCUAAUUCUAACUGCAAAGAAGGUAGCAUUUCAGGAGAAGCUUAAUAAAGGAUAUCGAGUUGUGAUCAACAAUGGAAAGCAAGGCUGCCAAUCUGUAUACCAUCUUCAUAUCCAUGUGGUGGGUGGGAGACAGCUAAAAUGGCCACCAGGUUAACUUUGUACUAUUAUCAAGAUAUGAAGUUGUCGGAGCUCUAUAUAAAUACAAAAAAUUUGCACUUCAGCUAAAUGCAGCAGAAGUGCAUGCACUAUUUUUAAAAUAUUGAACAUGGUAGGAGAAAUUACUUUCAUUUCUUAUAAGGAAUGUAGACAUUUUCUGAAAGUCAGCAUCUGUAACAGGGGGAAGUUUUCCAUUCUACUAAGCAGUAUAUAACAAUUAAGAAAAGGCAUUUCUUCAAGUGUGUCUUAAUAAAAAGUGGGAUUGAUUUAUGUACAGAUAACUGUUUAAAAUUAUCAGUCUCUGCUGGCUUCAUAAUUUUUUUGUUUAAGUAGCAUAGUGAAUAGUAGGCUUAUUAAUGAGCAGAUUAAGUACAUUGUAUCUUAUGUAUUCUUUGCUUUUCAGUUGUUUAUAGAGUUUAAAUAAAUGCUUCAUAUAAAAUUGAA